AUGUCUUCAACAUAUCUGGGAAAAUAUGAUUUUUCUUCAUCUUCAAAUCAAUCACACUUUGACGGAGUAUUUGAAUUUACUAUUAAUGAAAUUGGCAGAUUAACUAAUCAACAAUUAAAAGUCCGCCAUCGCCCUACUCCAAAACCAGGCCUAACUGGCCUGAGCAACAAGAUUAAUUCAUGUUUCAUCAAUGCAGUAAUGCAGUGUUUAUUCAACACAAACAAAUUCGUCCAUUUAUUCGAAGGAAGAUCCAUUCGCAAGCAUGUUAAUCUUACAAAUAUGGGAAAAUCAAAAGGAGCAUUGUCUGCUUGUCUAUCGGCUUAUAUUAAUGCCUACUGGAGUUCAGAAUACUCUUAUCUAAAUACAAACACAUUCUUGGUAGAGGAAAUUAAUUAA